UUUCCCGGUUGGUUGAACCUUCCUUCCUACAAAUACGUCAAGAUCUAGAUGUCUCCUUUUCCGAUUGACACGCUAUUAAUUCUCUGCCUCGGCUUCGGAUUUGGUGGAUAAAAGUAAAACCCAAUGACGACAACUUUCAUUGCUACUUUGGGAAAUACGUAGUUUAAAAUUACCGCGAAAACUGAAGCAUCGUUAUCAGAGUUAUUAAUUUGGCGCUGUUCACAGGUGUAUUACGGAACGAUCGACCAAUUAAUGAUUUUAGUAACUACGCAUACAAGCGAGUCCAAGUUAAAGGUGACAUUUUACAAUUGGUUCCACAAAUAUAUUGGUUGUUAAUUACCGGAAUUAUCCGCUUUCCUGUCGACGUAUUGAUAAUUGACAAUGGGUAUAAAAUAAAAGUGAGUGUAUGAGUAGAAAUCAGUUGAUGUAACGAAGUGGUCAUUGGAUUCAUAAAGACAUACUCAGGUAGUUGUUAAGAAGGAAAUAUCAAAGAUGAAAGUAACCACCAAAGUGUGUUGUGAUGUCUUAUCCCUGGUGAUAAUAUCUCUAACGUUAUUCAGUGCCUGCCUAGCUGCUCCAUUAGACACAUACUACCAGACAGACGAUUCGGAAUUAAUAAAUCCACAGAGAUUGCAGCUUCUCAAAGAACUUAAAGAUAUGAUAGAACUAGAAGAAAGAAACAAACAAGAGGAAAUGGGUAAAACCUUUGUACAAAGUAAUGACGCCACAGGGCUUAUGAGAGUUAUGCCACAGAAGAGAUUUCGACCAUUCCGGACACAGACACGCGGAGGUGGUGUAGCAUUAUGUCUUUGGAAAGUUUGCCCUGCUGCUCCCUGGCUCGUAUCAAAAAGAUGAGCACACAUUUGCCUCAAUGAGCGCAACCAUGUGCUUUCAACGGUGGUACCAAAACACCUCCAAAUGACUUUAAAGUGAUAUAUUUUAGAUAAUAAAAUUGUUCUCUUAACAAGAUUAGACUUUUAAAACAUUUCCCUUUUCUGCCUUUUGGACAUACUAUAAGAUACAAAUAAAAUUUUUUACUUGUUUCAUAUUUAGAACUAUGUAGUACAAUUCAUUAUGAAAAUAAAAUCAAUAAAUAUAUAUAU